AUGCCAGCGCAAAAGAUCAUUAUCGAUACCGAUCCGGGUAUCGAUGAUAUCCUUGCCCUUUUGCUGGCCCUCUCGGCCAAGAAGGAAGAAGUCGAAAUUCAGCUUAUCUCGUUGACCUUUGGUAAUAUCGAAGUGCGGAGCUGUCUUCGAAAUGCUAUCUCGAUGUUCCAUAUCCUCGAACGCGAAAUGCAAUGGCGUCGUGAGCAAGGACUGAACGAAGGAUUCGAGGCUUUGCAGGCCUUCAAACCGGUCAUCGCCGUGGGUGCUGAGGAUCCGUUGGAGGCUCAGAAGAUGUUGGCCGAUUAUUUCCGUACGUAUCUAUGUGGAAGAAUUGGAGGAUGCGGAUCUAUGGUUGCUAACUUAGCAUCAGAUGGACGGGAUGGACUUGGUGGAAUUCAUGCUAGUCACCCUCACCUCACGCCCAAGGAGACUUGGGAGCACCUCUUUGACCCAACUGCGGACGACCUUGUCAUAGACCCCGUGCCGGCAGGAGGAAACAUAUCGCAACGAUCAUUUGUCCCCUCCAAACGCCCCGCCCACCAGGAGAUCCUCCGCGUCCUGGCUGAGAACGAUCCCGAAACAGUUACAAUUGUCGCUGUUGGUCCCUUGACAAAUUUGGCACUGGCUGCUUCUGCGGACCCAGAGACCUUCCUACGGGCCAAGGAAGUCGUCGUCAUGGGUGGAGCUGUGAACAUGCCUGGAAAUGUCACGCCGGUAGGUGAAUUCAAUGCAUACGCCGAUGCCUUUGCAGCUGCACGAGUUUACGCUCUCACUUCGCCUCGCCCGCACACUACCCUCCCACCCAUGAGCAACCUCAGUCUCCCACCGUACCCCACUCAACUCAGCAAGCAGCUCACGGUCCGCAUAUUCCCUCUCGACAUCACCGAACGUCAUGGAGUCAAGCGAGGUCAGUUCCGACAAGCAGUCACCCCUUUCCUGGAGAAAGGCUCUCCACUAGCCGAAUGGGUGUCGGCCUUCAUGGCACACAGCUUCCACACUGUUGAGACCUUGAGUCCCGGUAAUGAGGGGGAUGCGGCGGAGCUGAGCUUGCACGAUCCCGUCUGCGUGUGGUACGCAUUGACGGCGGCGGACCCAGGCUGGAAGCCAUCUGCCGCCUCGCCAGAGGAUAUUCGCAUCGACACGACCGGCCAAUGGACGCGGGGGAUGUGCAUUGUGGACCGACGGAAUCGGAACAAGGUUGAAGGGGAAGACGAGAGCCCCAGUGAUCACGGCCUAUGGCUGAACACCAAGUCUGGAAAUAGGAUCUUGCGGAUGGACGAGUCGCCGGUGGAGGCGAACUUUGGAGAGAUUCUGCUUAAGAGGGUGUUCGGCUGUUAA